GACAAAUUUUCUUGCUUCGUCUUGAAUUAUCACUUCUACACACUUGAAGAUCCUACCAUCAAACUCCAUCUUUCUCUCACGCAAUAUUUCACCAGUAAAUAACCAUCCCCUCAUCCAAAGUCAACUGAGUCCUCAACAACCUACCUACUCCGAGAUUCAACACCGCCCCUUUCAAUUUCACGCCAACUCACGCAUCCUAACUCGACCGCAUGCUAUAGAAUCUCCCGGUGCCAGUUCUAAAGUAUUUCCGCUGCUCAAAAGUGAGUUCCUCAAAUCCUUCACAGUCUUGUCGUUCCUCUCCCAGGUACUCUUUCCCCCCUUCUCCGUAUAGCGACUUAUAUACACGGAGUACUUGGACACCCCGCACCUGGCGUAGCUUAGGUAGACUCCAGAGGAGGCAUGCUCAUGUUCACUGGCGAGUGCCGUUGGUGACGUUCGGCCCGCCAUCCAAUCCGUUUAAAAGCAGAUGAGCUCCCCUUCCAAUUCUCGAGUACCUCAACCCCUCCUUCCAUCAUUCAUCAUCCUGAUAGUCAAAUUCCAUCUUUCAUCUCGCAUACCAUCACAAUUUCACCUCUUCUUCAUAUCACCUUGACAUACAAUCCAAAAUGACCCGAUCUCACAAGGCCAACGACCGUGACCAUAAGGGUAUUGCCGAGGGAACCGCGCUCCCCACGGAAAAUGUUCCUCGUUUCUUUGGCAAGAACGGUUUUGCCGAUGUCGACCCAAAGAAGGUGAAGAAAGACGGCUCUGGUCGAGGCAACUGGUAUGUUAGCCCAAUGCACCCCAUGUCGCCGUCUCCACAUUUCACUUACACGGCCUGCAGGGGAACCGUCAACGACGACAUCGCUGACGAACAAUUCACCUUCACAAACACUAGACGCCGCUCCAACAGCAGCAGCUUCUCUCACCACGUGAGCGACCUCAAGACCAAGUUUGAGGUCAACGAGCCCGAGCCGGUCUUUGAGGAGUCACUUCACGGCCCCGAGGAAGAAGACCACGAGGAUCUCUCGAAGACCGACUCUUCCGAGAGCGGUCGGUCCUCAUCCUAAUCAGAUUAUCGAGUCCUUGUCAAGAGAUUGAUAGUCACUGCUUGCUGUCACACAUACGAUGGCAGAGGCAUCUUUGAGGGUUCACAUGUAUUGGAAUUGCGACGCGAGCUUGAUCUUUGCUUUACAACUACGAAACGACACGAGACUAAACGAAUGAAAUAACAGAAACCAAACUGCCUUGUGGUGGGGUCACCGGAUGAAAUGCCUGGGGAAUAUGGAAAGGGAUAUCGGCGGAAUUGUUGAAACCCUCGUGACUUACUCAGAUCUCUACGUGGAUCAUGCAUGGUUUAUGACCGCCUGCGAAAGUAUCCGUACUCUUUCCAGCGGAACAAUGUAUUUACUGUAUAACUAUCUUAACUUUCGCACCAAAGCGAACAACAAGUCUGUUCAUAGCCGAAAUUAGGCACAGCUAAUAUUAUCAAAUGCCUUUUCAGCUUGAACAGCUUAUAAGUCACGGGAUGAGGUUUACUACGCGUUCAACUCGUACAUAAAACUAUCUUCAAUUAUCAGGCUUUUAUUCAAUCAAGGAUCCCUUAAAACCCCCAGAUUGAUUGUGAGUCGGUCACCACUUUGUUAAUCGAUUAUCAGGCUCAUUUAUGGCAAUGCCAUAAAAGAAAAACCCUCAGUGCCGCCUACAAACAUCCAUUCCAUAUCUAGCACUGGGAGCAGCCGUUUUGCGCUCGAGCGUGCUGAGUUCUACGCAGGGUCAAGUUACGGUACAACUUACUCGCUUCGGUGAUUAGUAGGACGAGAUCCUCCUUCCUUAUGGCUGUAAAUAUCAAGAAAGCCUCGAAUGUAGGAACGGCCGGGUUUCUUCUCCUGUAUAUAUUUGUAACAUAAAUUCGGUUUGUUGGCAUUGACGUCUUGGUCCCUACAUCUGCUGCA